AUGGACUUUCUUGGUUCCACGAAGGAUAACGGUAUGUUAUCAGUCUUGUUCUCGUUUUCGGAAUCUAUUUUGCCUCCAGAUUCUAGGUCUUUGCUUCUGGAACCUCUUUUCCUAAGAUGGGUUUCUGGUUUCUUACACGCGGUUUUGUUGCUGGUGCUGUUUUGCUCAUGGUCUAGCUUGUCUCUGCUGAAUCUCGUGUUGAUGUCGUUGAGUGGUUUCCAUUGGUACGAGAGUGGUUGGUCAGAUGGAGAACAGCUAGUUUCUCUCGUCGGGUUUCUAUUGGGAAUGGUUUCUUGGGGGGUUUUGUCGAUUUGCCUGCAUCGCUGCAGUGAUUAUGAGCAUAAAAAGUCUCCCUUUUUGCUUAGGCUUUGGUUGGUUUUCUAUCUCGCGGUUUCUUGCUACUCUCUUGUGGUAGACAUCGUUGUACAAGAGACACGAAACCGUGACUGUUCUCUUCUGGUGUACAAUAUAGUUUCUUUUAGUGCUGCUUUGUUUCUUGGUUAUGUGGCUUUCUUCAAGAAAGCUAGAGGCAACAACAGCAAUGGAGUUUUGGAAGAGCCACUGUUGAAUGGAGAUUCCAGUGUAGAGUUGAAUAAGGCCAAUGGGAGUGAUGAGGCUACUCCGUACUCUAGAUCUGGCAUUCUCGGUCUUUUGACUUUCUCUUGGAUGAGUCCAUUGAUAAACCUUGGAAACAUGAAAGCUCUUGAUCUAGAAGAUGUUCCGCAGCUUCAUGAUAACGACAGCGUGGUCUCGUUAGCCCGAAGUUUAGGAUUAUGCUUGAGUCAUCAGAUGGUGUGGGAGAUUAUAGUGACUGCAUUCUUAGCUUUCAUCUACACGGUUGCGUCAUAUGUUGGGCCGGCACUCAUUGAUACAUUCGUUCAGUACCUUAAUGGACGUAGACAGUACAACAACGAGGGGUUGCAGAAGGUUGGUAUUAGGAUGAGGUCUUCCUUGGUCGCUAUGAUAUACGAAAAGGGUCUGACCCUUUCAUGCCAUUCAAAGCAAGGACGCACAAGUGGGGAGAUUAUAAAUUUCAUGACUGUGGAUGCUGAGAGGAUUGCAUCACUAGCGGCUUUGAUUGCUACCAUUCUUGUAAUGCUUGUGAACUUCCCAUUCGGGAGAAUGCAAGAGAGGUUUCAGGAGAAGUUAAUGGAAGCUAAGGAUAACCGGAUGAAAUCAACGUCUGAGAUCUUGAGAAACAUGAGGAUCCUCAAACUUCAGGGAUGGGAGAUGAAGUUUCUGUCAAAGAUUUUCGAUCUUAGGAAAUCUGAGAAAGGGUGGCUGAAAAAGUAUGUGUAUAACUCUGCUGUUAUAAGCUUUGUUUUCUGGGGGGCUCCUACUUUGGUGUCAGUCUCCACUUUUGGUGCUUGUAUACUUCUUGGCAUUCCCCUUGAAUCUGGAAAGAUACUCUCAGCUCUUGCAACCUUCAGGAUUCUACAAGAGCCGAUCUACAAUCUUCCGGACACUAUCUCCAUGCUUGUGCAAACAAAAGUCUCUCUUGACAGAAUUGCAUCCUAUCUUUGUCUAGACAACUUACAGCCAGAUGUUGUAGAGAGGCUUCCUCAGGGAAGUUCAGACAUAGCUGUGGAGGUGACAAACAGCACUUUAUCAUGGGAUGUUUCAUCUGCUAACCCAACUCUCAAAGACAUCAACUUCAAGGUCUUUCCUGGGAUGAAGGUUGCAGUUUGUGGUACUGUUGGCUCUGGUAAAUCAAGCUUGCUUUCAUCUAUACUAGGAGAAGUACCAAAGAUAUCUGGAAGUCUUAAGGUUUGUGGGACUAAAGCGUACGUUGCACAGUCUCCUUGGAUUCAGAGCGGUAAAAUUGAGGACAACAUCUUGUUUGGUAAGCCUAUGGAAAGGGAAAGAUAUGAGAGGGUGCUUGAAGCUUGUUCUUUGAAAAAGGAUCUAGAGAUACUCUCAUUCGGGGAUCAGACUGUGAUUGGAGAACGCGGCAUCAAUUUGAGUGGUGGACAAAAGCAGAGGAUACAGAUUGCACGAGCUCUCUACCAAGAUGCAGAUAUCUACAUGUUUGAUGAUCCUUUUAGUGCUGUGGAUGCACACACAGGGUCACAUCUCUUUAAGGAAGUUUUGUUGGGGCUUCUCUGUUCCAAAUCUGUUAUAUAUGUAACUCAUCAAGUUGAGUUCUUACCUGCUGCUGAUCUUAUCCUGGUCAUGAAAGAUGGAAGGAUCAGCCAAGCUGGAAAAUACAAUGAUAUCCUCAACUCUGGAACAGAUUUCAUGGAGCUUAUAGGUGCACAUCAGGAGGCUCUGGCGGUUGUUAAUUCGGUUGAUACUAAUUCUGUCUCUGAGACAUCAGCCUUAGGUGAAGAAAACGGUGCUGUGAGAAAUAAUGCUAUUGGGUUUGACGGGAAACAAGAAGGUCAAGAUUUGAAGAACGACAAGCCAGACUCUGGGGAGCCUCAAAGACAACUUGUGCAAGAGGAAGAGAGGGAGAAAGGUAGCGUCUCUUUGAGUGUGUACUGGAAGUAUAUUACACUGGCGUACGGAGGAGCUCUUGUGCCUUUCAUAUUGUUGGCACAAGUUCUGUUUCAGCUUCUACAGAUUGGAAGCAACUACUGGAUGGCUUGGGCUACUCCUGUUUCUAAGGAUGUGGAAGCUCCUGUAAAUCUUUCCACGUUGAUGAUUGUGUAUGUUGCUUUGGCCGUUGGAAGUUCUCUCUGCAUUCUUUUUAGAGCCACACUUCUUGUCACCGCUGGUUACAGGACUGCCACUGAGCUGUUUCAUAGAAUGCAUCACUGCAUUUUCCGUUCGCCAAUGUCUUUCUUUGAUUCUACUCCAAGCGGAAGAAUCAUGAACAGAGUUUCUUGGCUGGUUUUUCUUGUCUUCAUCCCUGUGGUUGCUGCCUCCAUAUGGUAUCAGCGAUAUUACAUAGCUGCAGCACGAGAACUUUCGCGGUUAGUUGGAGUAUGCAAAGCCCCUCUGAUUCAGCAUUUUGCUGAAACGAUUUCAGGAUCAACAACCAUCAGGAGUUUCAGUCAAGAAUCUAGAUUCCGCAAUGACAACAUGAGGCUAAGUGAUGGUUACUCUAGGCCCAAAUUCUAUUCAGCUGGAGCAAUGGAGUGGCUUUGCUUCCGCCUUGAUGUGCUAUCUUCGCUUACAUUUGCCUUUUCACUUGUUUUCUUGAUCUCCAUACCCACUGGAGUGAUUGAUCCAAGCCUAGCGGGAUUAGCCGUGACUUAUGGACUCAGUUUGAAUACUCUGCAAGCUUGGCUGAUCUGGACUCUCUGUAAUCUUGAGAACAAAAUCAUAUCGGUGGAGAGGAUUCUUCAGUAUGCAAGUGUUCCCAGUGAGCCACCUCUUGUGAUCGAGUCAAACCGACCUGAGCAAUCAUGGCCUUCACGUGGAGAAGUGGACAUCCGUGAUCUUCAAGUCCGGUAUGCUCCACAUAUGCCACUUGUGUUGAGAGGAAUAACAUGCACAUUUAAAGGAGGGUUAAGAACAGGAAUUGUAGGAAGGACAGGAAGCGGGAAGUCGACUUUGAUACAGACCCUUUUCCGCAUUGUAGAGCCAUCAGCUGGAGAAAUCAGGAUAGAUGGAGUGAAUAUAUUGACCAUUGGGCUGCAUGACUUGCGUCUAAGGCUAAGUAUAAUACCCCAAGAUCCAACCAUGUUUGAAGGAACAGUGAGAAGUAACUUGGACCCUCUUGAAGAGUACUCAGAUGAUCAAAUAUGGGAGGCUCUUGACAAGUGCCAGUUAGGAGAUGAGAGGCAACUUGUGUAUCUUGGGAGAGUGCUUCUCAAGAGAAGCAAGAUCUUGGUGCUCGAUGAAGCCACGGCUUCUGUUGACACUGCAACUGACAAUCUUAUUCAGAAAACGUUAAGGGAACACUUCGCAGAUUGUACAGUGAUAACCAUUGCACACAGGAUAUCUUCGGUUAUUGACAGUGACAUGGUUCUGCUUCUAAGCAAUGGGAUCAUUGAGGAGUAUGAUUCGCCAGUGAGAUUGCUGGAGGACAAGUCUUCAUCUUUCUCCAAUCUCGUGUCAGAAUACACCGCAAGAUCAAGCUCCAAUUUGAAUAAACCUCUAUUUUCUUAG